AUGACACUCCUUCACCUUGCUGCCGGCCUUCUGGCCGUUGUUGCUCCGACAUCAGCUUUGACCUUUGAGGUACCAGCAUCAGCACCGACAAAUGCAAGCGCUCAGCUGGUUGCGGCACCAGUGGGCCUCUCUCUUGAAUUUUUCACAUUUCCAGCUUAUAUGAGCGACGUCGAUGCAACCAAAACCUGUCUUCAGAAUCUCAAGGAACUGACAGGGACAUGGCCACCACUACGAAUUGGCGGCACCACGCAAGACCGUGCGACAUAUGAUGCGUCUUCCAGCAGCGCAGUCACCUAUACAGUAUCCGAUCCAGCAGAUGCACCUUCAUCACUUACAUUCGGCCCGCCAUUCAUAGCCCUGGCUGCGGACUACGAUGGUCAGGUUAUCAUAGGUCUUAAUCGCCGUCUGAACAAUCAGUCCAACACGAUCGCUGCAGCCACUCUAGCCAAAGAUACAAUAGAGAACCUCUAUGCCAUAGAGCUUGGAAAUGAACCAAAUUUCUUUUCCGAUAGCGACCCUAUUGCAGACGGCGGGUCAUGGGAUGCUGCAGCCGACUACAAAUCGCAAGUAGCUUGGCAGGAUGCAGUUUGCCAGAAUCUGUCCUCAUCAGAUCUCAUUUCAGCAGGCGUCUAUUUUGGCACAUCGCCCAUGAGUAUCUCCGGCUUGUCUUCUGUUGAGGACGAGGCCAACGACCUUGUCAAGGACUACUGCUCGCAUAAUUAUCCCCAGUCACCAAGCACCGCUGAUUUGGCCGGCCUGAUGAGCCACAGUGGUAUUGCAUCUCAAAUCCAACCCUUUGCCUCUGAAGCUUCAGCGGCUGCUGCCAAAGGCAAAGCUCACAUUUUUGGAGAAACUAACUCUGCUACUCAGGGUGGCGGUGGGAUUAGCCCGACAUACGGUGCUGGUCUUUGGAUCCUAGACUACGUGAUGCAAACUAUUCUUAUGGGCACGCAGGCUCUUUACUUCCACCAGGGCACCAUAGGCAACUGUCCGUACUGCUGGUGGGGGCGCUACAAUAUGGGUGCACCUUAUUAUGGCGCGUAUUUUGCGACGAUGGCUCUGGCCAAUGCAGACCAGAUCGCUCCGCUAGAUGACCAGACAACGCCGUACGCAGCAUACGCAAUUUAUCAAGACGGCGCUCCGUCCAGGGUACUAUUGUACAACUCAGACUACUACGCCAAUGGCACACGCCCGUCGCAGACCUUCACACUAAACGGACUGACAUCCUCCAGUGUCACCGCAAAGCGGCUAACAGCGCCCGACUCUACCUCCAGAGUUGAUCAGGGCCAGGUUCCUACCGUUGCCGGUCAAACCUUUGCAAACGAAACAUGUGUUAUCCAGGGUGACGAAGUCAUAGAAACAAGCACCGUGUCUUCCGGUUCAGCCACAUUUACGCUCAGCGCCUCAGAAGCUUUGCUAGUCUAUCUCUAG